CAAUCAGAAGCGCGUUAGUAUCAGGAAAAUUUCUUCAACUGUCCUCAUUAAGACAUUAAUCGGAGAAAAGCUACGAAGCUCGAGAAGAGAGAAUCUAUGUCGAACGCAAACGAACCAGCGAGGACUCUUCUGCCUUACCUGCAACGAGCUGACGAGUUGCAGAAGCAUGAACCACUUGUUGCUUAUUACUGUCGGCUAUAUGCCAUGGAGCGAGGAUUGAAGAUUCCGCAGAGCGAGAGAACUAAGACCACCAAUUCGAUUCUCAUGUCUCUCAUUAAUCAACUCGAAAAGGAUAAGAAAUCAUUGAAUCUGUCCCCAGAUGACAAUAUGCAUGUGGAGGGGUUUGCACUAAGUGUCUUUGCAAAGGCGGACAAGCAGGAUCGUGCUGGAAGAGCCGACUUGGGCACUGCCAAAACCUUUUAUGCUGCAAGCAUCUUCUUUGAAAUUCUGAGUCAGUUUGGCGCGGUACCUCCUGAUAUCGAACAGAAACAGAAGUAUGCUGUUUGGAAGGCUGCUGACAUAAGGAAAGCCAUUAAAGAAGGAAGGAAGCCCACUCCAGGUGACCCUGUUGAUAAUGAAGAUGAUUUAUCCAUCCCAUCAAGCGGUCCUAGUGGCUCCUAUGAUCUCGAUGCCAGUGCUUCCAACAUAACAAAUCAUCAUAAAACAGAGCCUAAUCCAUCCCAUGAUUUUAAUGAUGAUUCUAGCCAUCAUCACUUCCCUGAAGUACCACAACACCCUCUACCUCCCAGGUUUCAUGACACUCCUAACAACGAUUAUCCCACAGAUGUGCCGCCUCCACCACCGUCUUCUUACCCUUCCAACGAUCACCUUCCUCCUCCCUCUGGACCAUCAGACUCCCCUUACCAGCAUCCUUACAACCAUCAACCAUAUCACCAAGACCCGCCACAACACAUGCCGCCACCACAAAACUACCCAUCUCAUGAGACUUCUCCAAAUUCUCUCCCUAAUUUCCAAUCAUAUCCUAGUUUUAGUGAAAGCAGCCUCCCAUCCACUUCUCCGCACUACCCCUCUCACUACCAAAACCCAGAACCUUACUGUUCUUCACCGCAUUCUGCACCUGCUCCUUCUUCCACAAGCUUCUCAUCUGCUCCUCCUCCUCCGCCUUACUCAUCAAGCGGGCGUAUCAAUGUUGCUCCGGUGCUAGAUCCUGCACCGAGACCAGCUCAGAAGUACCAUUACGAGAGCAGCUACCAACCAGGGCCUGAGAAGGUUGCAGAAGCACACAAGGCUGCUAGAUUCGCUGUGGGAGCUUUGGCUUUCGAUGAAGUCUCGACUGCUGUGGAGCAUCUGAAGAAGUCACUCGACUUGCUAACAAAUCCAUCAGCCGGCCAUUGAGAUUUAUAUUUAAUCUAUGAAACUUGGGGUUAACGUGUGUGCGUGUGUUUGGUUAUUAACUCUUCAGGCUCAGACUUCGUGUACAAAAGAAAUUGUGUGAAGUUUUCGUAAUACAUUAUGAACUUUUCUCUACAACUU